UAAAUGUUGACUGAUCCUAUGUUGAAGACGAGGCAUGUCUUUCUAUAUAACCUCUUCCAUGUCGUCGUCAUUUCUGCACUUCGCUAGCUAGCUCCUAUAAUCAUGGCGCCUCCCCACUUUCUCCUCGUGGCGUUCCCGAGCCGAGGCUCUAUAAACCCGGCCCUCCAGCUAGCCGAGCGCCUCGCACGCGCCGGCAGUCGCAUUACUUUCUUCACCACCGUGUUUGCCCGCCGUCGCAUGAUCGAUUCGGUUUGCCUUGAAGGUGUAACCUUCGCCACGUUCUCCGACGGCUACGACAACGGGUAUCAGCUAGGGGAUGACGCCGAGCGCUUCAUGGCUGAGCUGAAGCAGCGGGGGUCGGAAGCUCUUAGAGGCCUCAUCGAGCUUAGUUCUGGACGAGGCCUCAGGUUCACGUGCGUACUCAACACGGUGCUCCCUUGGGCUGACCACGUCGCUCGUUCCCUUCGGAUCCGAUCGGUUCUCGUUUGGAUUCAACCGGCGACUGUGUUCAGCAUAUACUACCAUUACUUCAAUGGCUAUGAGGACGUGAUUAAGAACGUUACAAGCCAAAGCCGCGAUUCGACGUCGCUAAUACGAUUGCCCGGCCUACCACCGCUGACCAACCGCGACGUCCCCUCCUUUUUCAACCUCGAAAACAAGUAUGCCUUUGGUCUCCCUCAAAUGCAAAGCAUAUUCGAGCAGCUUAAAGAGGGGGAUAAUCCAAUCGUAGUACUUGCGAACACCUUCGAUGCUCUCGAACUCGAGAUAUCAAGGGCGAUCGGCACGCUGAAUUUGAUUGGAAUCGGACCCCUUGUCCCGUUCCGUUUCCUAGAUGCGCAAACUCAUAAUUCUUCGGAUAAAUCUCCCAGAGGCGACCUCUUUCCGGGCUCUGGGGAUUAUGUUCAAUGGUUGAAUUCAAAGGAGGAAGCGUCGGUAAUUUACGUGGCCUUUGGAAGCAUAGCGAAGUUCUCGAAUGCGCAAAAGCGAGAAAUAGCGCGCGGAUUGCUGGAGGCCGGCCGGCCAUUCUUGUGGGUGAUGAGAGAGAGCGACGGAGAUGAUGACGAACUCAUUUACAAAGAGGAAUUAGACGAGAUAGGAGUGAUAGUCCCGUGGUGCUCUCAAACCGAGGUCUUGUCCCAUCCUUCGAUAGGGUGUUUCUUCACUCACUGCGGGUGGAACUCGACGCUCGAGAGCUUGGCCUCCGGCGUUCCGAUGGUGGCAUUCCCUCAAUUUACCGACCAGAUGACGAACUCGAAGCUCGUCGAGGACGUGUGGAAGGUCGGGGUUCGAGUGUCCGAGAUCGAUGAAGGCGGCAUUAGGGUCGAGGGAGGUGAAAUCAAGAAGUGCUUGGAAAUGGUCAUGGGAGGUGGCGAGAGAGGUGACGAAAUUAGAAGGAAUGCAAAGAAGUGGAAGGGUUUGGCCCUGGAGGCUUGCAAGGAAGGUGGAUCUUCGGACAAAAGUCUCAAGGCCUUUGUCGAAGAAUUCGCUAAAGUAGAUUAAUUCAUGAUGAAAUUAUAUAUGUUGGCUUGAAUUUAUAUGUUCGUGCCGUCGUUUAGAUGUGCAUGAAUUUUUUUAAAUGUUGUACUAAGUUAAGUGGCAACAUCGUUGAUGUAUGGUAUGGACUCUUAUUUCGUGUACUAAAAGCAUAACAGAAAAGAAUUUUAAAUAAGCCUUCUCGACAGUUAGUCAUUCUUUUAGUAGUCGAUUUUAUUAUUCAAUUUAUAGGUGGA